ACGGCAAUCAACACUCUUCCAACCCUCCCUCCUGCUCAUCCGCAAUGGUUCGAGAAUUCAAGUACCACGAGAAAAAGCUGCUUCGGAAGGUGGACUUCCUACAAUGGAAGUCCGAUCAGUCGCUUCACGAGACCAGAGUUAUGCGGCGAUACCACGUCCAGAAGCGAGAGGACUAUAUAAAAUAUAACAAAAUGUGUGGUCAAAUAACGAAGCUGGCAAAUAAACUCUCUCUAUUGGACCCUCGCGAUCCUGUCCGCGUAAAGAUGACAGAUGCAUUACUGGAAAAGCUCUACAAGAUGGGCGUCCUGACUGCCGAGAAGAGUCUAAGUCAGUGCUCAAAGAUUACUGUGGCUGCCUUCUGUAGGCGUAGGCUUCCAGUGGUCAUGGUGCGCCUAAAAAUGGCAGAAACGGUGAAGCAAGCGGUUGUAUAUGUAGAGCAGGGACAUGUGCGAGUAGGGCCGGAAACAGUGACAGACCCAGCAUAUCUUGUCACGAGAAAUAUGGAAGACUUUGUAACCUGGGUCGAUACUUCCAAGAUCAAGAGGAAGAUUAUGAAAUAUAACGACAAGCUGGACGACUUUGACCUAUUGUAGUGUUCUAUACGACAGUGCGACAUGCGAUCACGUCGACGGUUAGCGUUGGAGGUCCUGAAUUGUACAUACCUGAGUUAUUUAUUUCAAUUAUAUGCUUUUUGUACUCCAUGCUCCCCC